GAUUCUGUCUUCGCCGCCAUUUUUAGAGAAACUUUGCUGGCUGCUUGCUGUCUGACGUUGGAAGCUAGCGGGUUUGGCCAGCCAGCUUCCAAUGACAGUUAACGCUUGGCUGUCGUUAGCCAGCUCACAGCUUAGCUAGCCUUGCGUUGCUUUAAUUUGUUGUUAUUCCUGCGGCCAGUGCCAGUCAGCAAAGGCGACAAGACACGAAUACCGUUAAUAUGGAGAAUUAGAAAAGACUUGAAGCCACUUUAGACUGUUCUGUGCUUGGGUUAGGGCAGUUAUGCGGUUUAGUUAGCGAAUUAGCAUUGCUAUAUUUGCAUCUAGCGAAAAUCCCACUUUGAUUUCUCUGAACUGCAUUGGCUGGCUGUGAUUUUUAGCCACCCCGGGUUGCGGACAUUGUGACUGGAUUAUUCAGCCUCAUUAAUACCUCGACCCAUGUGGUUUUCCCCUUUUCUUGGUGCCCAUGUGCUGACUUCCUCAGGCUCACACUUAGGUGCAGAUGAAUCUUCAGCUGCUUUGGUGUAGCUCUGCGCCCAGAUAGUCCCAUCCCCUCUGUGCGGGCGAUACGGGACUACGUAAACCAGAAUGCCAUCCUCUGGGAGGGCAGGGAGCCUUAAGGAUCCGGAUGUGGCCGAGCUGUUCUUCAAGGAAGAUCCAGAGAAGCUUUUCUCUGACCUCCGAGAGAUUGGCCAUGGCAGCUUUGGGGCUGUCUACUUUGCGCGGGAUGUGCGAACGAAUGAGGUUGUGGCAAUUAAAAAGAUGUCCUACAGUGGCAAACAGUCUAAUGAGAAAUGGCAGGACAUCAUAAAGGAGGUCAAGUUUCUGCAGAGGAUCCGACACCCUAACAGUAUAGAAUACAAGGGAUGUUACCUCCGUGAGCACACGGCAUGGCUGGUGAUGGAGUAUUGCCUUGGAUCAGCCUCUGACUUGCUUGAAGUCCAUAAAAAACCUUUACAAGAAGUUGAGAUUGCUGCCAUUACACAUGGUGCUCUGCAGGGGCUGGCGUACCUUCACUCCCACAAUAUGAUCCACAGGGAUGUGAAAGCAGGUAACAUCCUGCUGACUGAACCUGGCCAAGUCAAACUGGCAGACUUUGGCUCCGCCUCCAUUGCCUCACCUGCCAACUCUUUUGUGGGAACGCCAUAUUGGAUGGCCCCGGAAGUGAUUCUAGCUAUGGAUGAGGGCCAGUAUGACGGGAAAGUGGAUGUCUGGUCCUUAGGCAUUACCUGUAUAGAGUUAGCCGAGAGGAAGCCUCCCUUGUUUAACAUGAAUGCAAUGAGUGCCUUAUACCACAUAGCACAGAAUGAGAGCCCCACGCUGCAAUCCAGUGAAUGGACGGAUUACUUCAGAAACUUUAUCGAUUCUUGCCUUCAGAAAAACCCCCAAGACAGGCCACAUUCUGACGACAUGUUGGGUCACGCAUUUCUGCAGCGUGAACGUCCAGAUUCUGUGUUGAUGGAUCUCAUUCAGAGAACCAAGGAUGCAGUGCGAGAGCUGGACAACUUGCAGUACCGCAAGAUGAAGAAGAUACUCCUUCAGGAGGCUCACAACGGGCCCACCACAGAAGCCCAGGAUGCAGAUGAGGACCUGGAGUUAGGCGGCGGUCGCACUGGGACGGUGAACAGCGUUGGCAGCAAUCAGUCCAUCCCCAGCAUGUCCAUCAGCGCCAGCUCCCAGAGCAGCUCUGUCAACAGCCUGAAUGAAGCAGCCCAGGACAGCCGCAGUGAGCUGGACCUGAUGGAGGGAGACCACACGGUCAUGUCAAACAGCUCCGUGAUACAUGUCCAACCGGAGGAAGAGGAGAGUCUUUCUGGGGAGCAGGCAGCCAUCAGUCAACCUACUGAGCCACAGCCAGCACCAGCUCAGGCCCCGAGGAAGCACCACCGCAACAGAGAGCACUUUGCCACCAUACGCACGGCAUCACUUGUGACUCGAGAGAUGCAGGAGCAUGAGCAGGACUCUGAGCUCAGGGAGCAAAUGUCAGGGUACAAACGCAUGAGGCGGCAGCACCAGAAGCACCUGAUGGCCCUGGAGAACAAGCUGAAAGGAGAAAUGGAUGAACACCGGCUGCGGCUUGACAAAGAGCUAGAGAGUCUGAGGAACAAUUUCACUCAGGAGAUGGAGAAGCUCCUUAAGAAACACCAGGCAGCACUAGAGAAAGAUCUGAAGACAUUUGCCAACGAUGAGAAGAAGUUUCAGCAGCACAUCCAGGUUCAGCAGAAGAAGGAGCUCAGCAGCUUUUUGGAGUCCCAGAAGCGGGAAUAUAAACUACGCAAGGAGCAGCUAAAAGAGGAACUGAGCGAGAACCAGUCAACUCCCAAAAAGGAGAAGCAGGAGUGGCUGUCCAAACAGAAAGAAAACAUCCAGCACUUUCAGGCAGAAGAGGAGGCCAACUUGCUGAGGAGACAGAGGCAGUACCUGGAGCUGGAGUGUCGGCGGUUCAAACGGAGGAUCCUCAUUGCCAGACACAACGUGGAGCAAGAUCUAGCGAGAGAGGAGCUGAACAAGCGGCAAACGCAGAAGGACCUGGAACAUGCGAUGCUCCUCAGACACCACGAGUCGAUGCAGGAGCUGGAGUUCAGGCAUCUGGCGACUAUCCAGAAGGCCCGGGCGGAGCUGAUCCGGACCCAGCACCAGACGGAGCUCACCAACCAGCUGGAGUACAACAAGAGGAGGGAGAGGGAGCUGAGGCGCAAGCAUGUCAUGGAGGUCCGACAGCAGCCCAAGAGCCUGAAGUCCAAGGAGCUUCAGAUUAAGAAGCAGUUCCAGGAGACGUGCAAGACACAGACACGGCAGUAUAAGGCCCUCAGGAACCAUCUGCUUGAGACCACACCGAAAGCCGAGCAUAAGGCCGUGCUCAAGAGGCUGAAGGAGGAGCAGACCAGGAAGCUGGCCAUUCUGGCCGAGCAGUACGACCACUCCAUCAAUGAGAUGCUCUCCACCCAGGCUCUGCGGUUAGAUGAGGCUCAAGAGGGCGAAUGUCAGGUUCUGAGGAUGCAGCUGCAACAGGAGCUGGAGCUGCUCAAUGCCUACCAGAGCAAGAUCAAGAUGCAAACAGAAGCACAGCAUGACAAGGAGAGGAGGGACCUGGAGCAGAGGGUGUCCCUGCGGAGGGCUCUGCUGGAGCAGAAAAUUGAAGAGGAAAUGCUCUCCCUCCAGAAUGAGCGUUUGGAGCGAAUCCGCUCCCUGCUGGAGCGCCAGGCCCGGGAGAUUGAGGCUUUCGACUCGGAGUCGCUGCGGCUGGGUUUUAGCAACAUGGUGCUCACUAACCUGGCUACGGAUUCCCAAGGAGGCUGGGGGGGAGGAGGUGGUGGAGGAGGCCAGGGAGGUCAGGGGGGAAGCCAGUGGCCCGGAGGUGGUGGAGGCGGCAGCCAUCAUAGUCAUCACCAGGGGGGCUCCACUUCGCAGCAGCCCUGGGGUCACCCUAUGCUUGCAGGCGGCCCGCCGCCCUGGAGCCUCCACCAUCCCGGAGGAGGGAGUCAGAGAAGUAGUCAGGGAAGCGCGGGAGGGGUGAGAAACAGCCCACAGGCUAUGAGGAGGACGUCAUCGGGGGGGAGGAGUGAACAGGGCAUGAGCAGGAGCGCCAGCAUCACCUCUCAGAUCUCCAACGGUUCCCACCUGUCAUACACCUAAACAAAACACAGAAGAAACACACUCACUGUAAUUAAAACACACACUAAGCACACAGCACACAUAUACAGUUAUUUCCCACAAUACACUGCAGACUGAUGUGACCGGGCGGUCUGUGGAAACCAUUAAGAGCUGAAACCAAACUGCCGUGUCUAAAUGCCAUUUACAGUGCUCCACUGCAGCCUGCUUUAAUGUUUGUUUUUGUCAAGUUAGUCUCUGUUGCCAUUUACCCUCAGCAAUUUAUUCACCAUGGAGUUGAUGUCUUACUAUUUUGAUUGCAGAAGUUGGUUGAGUCAGAUGUUUGCACAGAAAGGCGUCUCAUGAGGAAAAAGCUGCUGCUUUCACUGAAGUUACAUAAGUCCUUGUGCGAUGAAGUCAAAACAGGUUGAAGUUCUUUAUGUGCUCUUAAACGUUGAAUCGUAAGGAAGGCAGGAGAGUCGACGGAGUGAGGAAAGUUAAGAGGAGGGGGAAAAAUGAAAGUCGUGUGUCAGCAUCAACUGGUUCUUCUCAUAAUGCAGGGUUCCUCUGCAGAAAGGUCUGCAGAAGUUUAGAAUUAGCUUUUAUCAUUUUCCAGGUGUAGAGAAGUAUUAUAAAAAAUGAAAUAAAAUAAAUAAAAAAAUGACCAUGAAGAAAUUUUAGAUUUUCCAGGCUUUAUUCCUUAUUCUGUUCUAAAUCUAUUCUGUUCUUAUCUAAAAAUAAAAAUUAAAAAACAAUCUGAGUUUCUUAAGAAUAAAGCACUAAGAUUGAUUUAUAUUGAGCUUACAUCAUCAUCUUUUUUAAAAAUCAGUAAUUGUUUUUAUAAAAAGUUGUUUCUCUUAAAUUUAAUGUUUUUCUAAAAUCAUUUUGAUUAAGAGAUUUUAUAAGACCCUAGAGUUGCAGAUUAGAACUGAAUCCUUGGUUCUAUAACUGGGUUUGGUUUAGAUGACAAAGUACUAAUACUCCUUUUGAAAUUUUACAGAAUAAAGUCUAUCAAAAACAUUCAAAACUGUGAUUUAAGUAAAUAAUUUAGUGUAAUUUAUAUUCCAGAUUUGCUCAUUCUAAUUUAAUAUAUUUUAAAGUAGAGCCUAUUUAAUUGAGUCCAGAUAAAAUAAAAAAAUAUGGUCUUUACUAAACUCCUGAAUCCAAAGCCAACACCAUCACUGUGGUUUUUUUUCCCAUGAUUUGCACAACAUGCAGAUAAUAACCUUAAAUGAAAAUUUCCAAAAGGUCGACAACAUUUCUAAACCCAGCAGGUUCCAAGGAGGUGCUAAGGUUGUAAGCUUAAGCCCUAAAAAAACAAAUUUCCUGUUAUCUGCUGUAGUUGGCUCUGGGUCUGUUUGUCCCUUUCUCAGUUUGACCAAAUGUCCUAAAUGUGGGAACCCAAAGAAGUUGCAAAAACCGAAAACGUCGGGUUUAAAACAGCCAAAAGUACAGAAUUGGUGGACAAGCACUUAUUUGGCUCGGUGUUGCAGCAGCCUGAGUCAACAGAUGUCUUUAUAGUAAUUUGUCUAAUUUUUCUACUUACAGCUUUUUUCUUUGCUUACUUCAGAACACUUCACUAAUACUAAUAAUAGCUAGUAAUAAUAGUCUUUCUGCAGUAACAACUUCCAUACCAAAUAGUGUUGUUGUUAGCAGGACCUGGUAGCCUUCUCUUGUGUUGCAUUCAAUGAUUGGAAAAAAAGUUGGAUUUCCAAUUUUUGACUAGUGGUUCUGUGCCGUUAAGCUUAAAAUCAGCCGAUCACGGUCACCGCCAAUUUCUCAGUGCAUCUCUAGUUACUUUAAGACUUUGGGGUCAGACUGCUAACAUGCUAAUGGUAAGAGGUGUUGGGUUCACGACAGUCUGUGCCACCAAUUGAUUGUAUUUUAAGGUGUGUGCCAGAGGCUCAGUCAGUUAAAGCCGCACGGCCAAGUAGUAGUAGUAGUCAUUAUCGGCUCAUCUCUUGGGUUUCCACAGACCUCUGCCCACCCAGUCUCACUCUAAGGGAUGCUGUUGCCAUAUUAGUCCACCAUCCUUGAUGAAAGGGAUGGGUUUUCAGCAAUACCUAACCACAGCUUGAAUAAAAACUGGUGAUCGCUCUUCACCUACUAGCAGUAACUGAACAGUGUCCUGAACAAUGCAGUAAAGCCCGUCUGCCUUUAUGAUGGGGUGCAGUCACAGUGAGUUGCACUUUGGCCAAAGCCAACUCAAAAUGUUAUUCCUGAUUCCACACACAUGCACACAUGGUAGUUUUUAUUCCACAGUCAAAGCAGUACGUUAACUCGGGUAAUGGAUGCAUGUACAGAGAAAGUAUAAAUGCUAGGAUUUUGGACAAGAAACGGCACAAAGAUCUGUUGUCAAACAAGUUGUAAAUGUUGAUUUUAAAGUAAAAAAAAAAAAAAGAUACAAAUAAAUAAACAGCUUGUCUGUCGGUUGGUGACUGCUGAAUGUUCUAGCGGAUCCAUGGGAGGUGGUGCUGGGAUCUCCGCUGCCGUGCUCCUGCAAAAACCCUUCCCCGGUCUGACACCCUGCUCUAUCUCACCCUCCAAUCUGAUCUGACCGCCUUAUCUCCAUGCGUCCUUCGCUUCCUUCCUUCCCGUGUCUCUUGAGGCCCCUCAGGCCCCUCACUGAUCUGCAGGGAAACCACCCUCAGAGCAAGAAAAGAUGAACUGGAUAUGUGUUGUUAUAUAAAUCUAUAGAAAAAGACUUUUAGAGAAGAUCCAAGUCUUAUUGUGAAAUUACACGCUUUGUGAUUUUCACAGAUGGAAUGUACAGUCAACAUGUUAAUAUUGUACAGUCCGGAAAUCUAAACGACAAAUCAAAGCGAGAUGAACCUGCGAUGAGGGCACAAUGCUGUGGCUUUAGAGUUGCUGUAGUUAAAACUAGCGUUUGCUGAGUUUUCACUUGUUCUGUUUGCAACAUUUUUUCAGUUGUGAAUGAAAACACAACUUUAGGUCAGAAUGCCUUGAGGAAGUGGCAAACCUUUUGUUUAAAAGUGUAUGAGGAGGAUUUUUGCACAUGAUUUUUGUCCUUGUAGCUCUGACUGUAUUACACUGACAAUGUUAUACCAGGUAGACUCUCAGGCCUAAAGUAAAUAAUUGCCCUUAAAAUCAAAAAUAAACCUGUUAAAUGUCAGAAAACCUAAUGCACAUCCUGAAGUAGUCUCCAAACUCCUGCACAAGGCUAAGAAUUGGUUUUAGAAUUUUUGAAAAAUGUUGACUCAAAUUUAGAAAUAAGCAACACAAAUUACCCCCCCAAAUGUGUCAAAACAUGGUAGUUUCUUAGUUUAGAAACAAAACAUGAGUACGUCUUUGCAAACAUUUCUUUAUUACCCUUCCCUUCAGCUCUUUGGAGUUUUAUGCCCACAAGAUUUUUUUCCAUGAGCUGUCUGCAGAGAGCCAAUCAAGCUGCAGAGUUUUAGAUCUAUUUUCUAUAGAUUUUUUAAAAAAAAUUUUUAAUUUUUCGCAAGGCAGUGGGGGACAGAGUCUAGCUUUAGACAUUGGUCACUCUGAACUGGAUUGGUUGCACUGAUUGCACAAGUAGCUGACCAGUUUUACGAGUCUACUGUGACACCCCGCCCCCUUCCUCCUUCUGAAGGGGGCAGCUGCUGUUGGCUGGAAGUAGGUGGAAGGCCGGGUUACUUCUCUGUACAGUCUGUUUAUCAGUAUUCCUUUUAUCCUUCAUGUCAUAUUUGGUGAAUCUUGCUGUUUUAUUCUCCUUUGUCCAGAGAUCUGUAUUAAAGUGUAUAGUGGGUGCAAAAAAAAAAAAAAUACAAAUAAAAAAGCUGAAUGUGCAUAGCAGAAGAGAAUAGAUAUCCCUUCGGAUGAAAAAUAAGUGAUUUAAAAUGUAUAACAGUAAUUCAGAUGCAAGGUUUAGGGGAUAAAUGUAAUAUUUUGUUUGUAAUUACUAUUUUUUGUUGGAAGAGGGCUACUGGAUAAAGAAUCAUCUGUAAUAAAGUAAUUUUAAUAUUU